AUGAGCAAUCUGGACCUCCCGGCGCAUCGAGAUGAGUGGAAGUCUCAAGUCGCGACCGCUUUUUCGAGAGAAGGAUGCCCUCCCGUUCCAAGUAGAGUCAAUUGGCAUGGUGGAUCAAAUAUGAGCCAUGUGCAGUUCCUCUCGCUGAGAAGCAUCUGGCCCACUCCCCUGACCGGCAGUGAACUCGCAAGGGAGUUUGAGACAGAGCUUCGCAGAGAGUUGGAUACUGCUAGAAAUUGGUUAGAUUUGUUACCACCAUUCCGGGCCUAUCUGGAAUGUGUCAGGAAUCAUCAAUCAACAACGUUCUGGAGUCCCGAGGCACCAGAAACCUUCGAGACAGCCCUCAGUCUGGGCAUUAUGCAGCUAGCUCGAUCACAACAGAGCCGGCUGUUGAAAGCCAUAUCAGAUGGAGUCGCAGAUGAGGAGAUGGUUAUAUCAUCCCUCAUCUCUUUCUUGGAUGGAAUCACGGUCCUCUGUCCCCAUGUCCGUUGCGGAUGGUCAGCGAAACGGCGAUCCAUCACGGGGGGAUUUCGGCGCCCAGAAGCUUAA